AUGGCAAUUGAAAAUUCAACAUAUAAAUUAGAUUAUCCCUUAUUCGGUGCCAAAUUCUUAAAUGAUGGCUUGUUGCUAGUUACAGGUGGUGGUGGUCAAGGUAAGAAUGGUGUUCCAAAUAAGCUAACAGCUGUAAGAAUCGACUUUAAGAGAAAAAAAAUUAUUAAAAGAUUUAGAGAAAUUACCCUAAACGAAGAGGAUGAUUCUCCAACCACGUUAGAUAUUUCUCAGGAUCUAAUCUUAAUGGGUUGUAAUGAAAAUAGCCAAAAAGUUAUCAAUAGCUUAGAAAAUCAUCAUUUAAGAAAGUUCAUAUAUGAAAAUGAGCAUUUACAGUAUAUUGCGGCUAUUGAUUUUGAUAAAUCAACCAAUCCAGAAGAUUACACAAAAUUAAUUGCUAUUUCCAAUGAUACACAAUUUGCUGCACUUGCCUCUUCAAAAGUACCAAGUAUUAUUAGGAUUAUUGAUCCUAGAGAUUUAUCAGAAAAAUAUACAGUUGAAACUAAUAAGGAAGUCAAAGAUUUGACUUUCUCACCAGAUUCCAAAUUAUUAGCCUUCAUUACUUCUGAUAAUUCUUUAUCAAUUGUUUCGAUAUUGUCAGGUAGAUAUUUGAUUCAAAAGAAUGAUUUCCAAGCGAAUUUGAUGUUUUCUAAAUUGAAAUUUAUUAAUGAUAAUGAAAUCAUUAUUUCUUCAACUAUUGAAAAACAAAAUGGUAUUAAUCUUUUAAGAGUAAAAAUGAAUCAAGAUAAUGAAUUAAACAUAAUUAAAUCUACUUUGAUUACUAAGAAGUUUAAAGGUAUUACUUCCAUGGAUAUCAAUACAAAAACAAACCUUGGUGUUAUAUCAACUAAUGAUACUUCAAUCUUGUUGAUUGAUUUGAAUACUUUGAAAUUGAAGAAGCACAUCCCUAAUGUUCAUAGUUUUGCAAUUACAAAAGUAUCGAUUUCACCAGAUUCAACCUUAGUAGCAAGUGUAUCAGCUGCAAAUACAAUCAAUGUAAUUAAACUGCCUUCAAAUUUUAUUAAAUCAUCUUCUUUAUCCGGACGCUCUUCUGAUUCUUCAAUUAUCUAUAAAACUUUAAAAUUCUUUUUCAAUUCGGUUGUCUUUGCCCUACUUGCUAUGGGUAUUAAAUAUUCGAUGGAUAAUAACUUACAUCAUAAAUAUUAUAAUUUUACAGUGACUAAAUUAAACGAGUAUCAGGUUAUUGAUAGAUAUAAUGAUUUACAUUUAGCUGGAAGAUUUAAUGAUUUACAGUUAAAUGAAAAAUUUAAGAGUAUUUUAAAUAAUUUUAGAAAUACUGAUAAAAAGGAAAAUAGCAAUAUUAAUUACAGCAAUAUCAAUGAUAAAGAAAUUGAACUUGGAUCUGUCGUAGAAAAUACUAUUAUUGAUGGAGAUGUUGUUUCCGUACAGACUACAACUAACGCAAAUUUGCUUGCUAGUUCAUCUGUCAGUUAUUUGAAGACAAUUGAACCUUCUGCAUCACCAUCUCAGGAAUCCGAGAAUGUUUGGAGCUCAACACUUUCGGCACCAUCCGCAUCUUAUACAUUAUCAUCAGAAGUUUCAGCUUAUUCCUCAGCUUUAUUGUCAUCUGCUACACAUGAAUUAAGUGACGGCAAUUUGAAUACAGGGAUACCAGAUAUGCAAUUAUCAACCUCCCCUUCUAUAGUUUCGUCUAUUGAAUCUUCAAUUAAAGUUGAAUCUGUACCUGAUACCACUACAGAUGGAUUUAUUUCUACAAAUCCAGACAAAUUAAUCUCCAAGGAUCUUAAUCAACAAAUUGUAUCACCACUAUCGUUAUCUGAUAUUCCGGAAUCGUCCCUAUUGGAACCUAACAACGCUAUCUCUGAACAAUCUCAACCUUCAGAAGAAAUUCGUCUUGAAACAGUAACUGAAAGAGAAAUUCAUUCUACUCUACAGGAGCAACCUGUUCUUACAUCAAAUCUCAAAACUUCAGUAUCUUCACUAAUUGAAUCUGUAUCUGCAUAUAUAUCUAGAUUUGAACAUACUAUUGAUACUGACGAAACUUCUUUAUUGGAAUCUGUCCCUACAACCAUUGUUUCACCCUUAUCUAGCGCUGGCACUGAAUAUAUCUCCUCUUCUGCAGAUUUUACAGAUAUUUCUUAUGUCAGCAACUCGAUUUCUACACUUACAGUAACUACUUCGGAAUCUUUUUCAGAAGUAAUAAUUCCAUCUAAUACUAAGGUCUCUUCUGAAGCUAAUAAGAAAUUCGAUGACACUAGUGUAAAAGAAACAGUCACCAUGAGUUCUGCAUUAGAGACAAAAAAAGAAGUAGAAUUUAAUUCAGUUGUUGAGAGUGAAUCACCAGAAACCAGCAAACCUAUUCCCGCUAGUUCUGAUACACAAUCUUUUUCUCCUGUUGUAAACGAUUUGAGUUAUCUAUUAACUGCUCGAGACAAUAAACACUUAAAAAUCACUGGUUCCGAAACAGCAACCUUAAAAAGAAGAUUCUCUUUAGCAUUACCAGAAUCUGAAACUGAAUCUCACAUAAUUUUAAAUGAAAUUACUCAAUCUACUAUUUUAUCAGUAGAUGAAGCGGUGACUUCAGCCCAAGAUUCUGAAACACCCGCUGCAAUCGAUAAGAUGCCCAUCGAUGGCGUGGAAAAAGUUAGUUUAACUUCUUCAUCCUUAUUAGAGUUAAAGUCACCUAUUAAUUCAAUCCUAGAUGUUACAUCUACCUAUUCAUCUGAACAUAUUCAAAAUAUUGAAACAUUAUCAACAUUAUCUACUCUAUCUACUCUAUCUUCUGCUCCAGCUUCUGCUCCAGCUUCUGCUCCAGCUUCUGUUCCAGCUUCUGUUCCAGUUACAGAAUUACCCUCUACUGAAGCACAACCUACUCAAGAAAAUAUUUCAACAAUUAUGCGUAAGGACAGUCAUCAACACUAUAGCGGCAACCCUGCCCCUGAAAACGUUUGA